AUGUCCUCAAACACCCCCACAAUCCUCUUGCUAGGAACAUGUGACACCAAACUCCCGGAGCUCCUCUACACAAAAGCCCAAAUCGAAUCCAACAACGCCACAGUCCUUUUGAUGGACAUCGGCCGCAACCAAACAACCCAUGCCCAAAUCACAAUCCCCCAAAGCGCCUUAACCAACAUCUCACCCUCCUCAACUCCAAUCCCAGAUCUAGCAACCCUGCCUCGGGCCGAGUAUAUAACCACACUCACACCCUACGCCACGAAAACAGUAACCCACCUCCACGAAACCCACCAAAUCCACGGGAUCCUUGGCAUCGGCGGCUCAUGCGGCACAGCACUCGCCGCAGCAGUCAUGCGCGACGCGCUACCAGUCGGAUUCCCUAAACUACUAGUAUCAACCAUGGCGUCAGGAGACGUGGGGCCGUACAUCGGCGAAACAGAUAUCAGCAUGAUGUACAGUGUUGUGGAUAUCGCGGGCCGGAACCGCGUUUUGGAGGGUGUUCUUGAUAAUGCUGCUGGGGGAAUUGCGGGGAUGGCGAGUUCGUUUUUGAAACGAGAGCGGGGUGAAAAGGAUAAGAAGGUCGAGGAAUCUUCCCGUACGAAGAUUGGUAUAUCCAUGUUCGGUGUUACAACGCCUGGUGUCACACGCGCCCGGGAACGUCUUGAAGAAGUCCUGCCUGGUUGUGAGAUUGAUGCGGUGCUUGAUUUGACGACUACGGAGAUUGCGGAUCAGAUUGUUGGUGGGGUUCUUAGUGCUGGGGCUGAACGGUUGACUGCAGCUACGUUGCGGGAUAUUCCAAGGGUUGUUAGUGUUGGGGCGUGUGAUAUGGUUAAUUUCGGGGAGGUGGGGAGUGUUCCACCUGUUUUUCGGGAGGCGGGGAGGUUGUUUCACGAGCACAAUGCGACUGUUACGCUUAUGCGGACGACGAAGAAGGAGUGUGUGGAUAUUGGGAUUUUUAUAGCAGGGAACUUGUUGCGGGAUUCGAGGGAUAAAGGACUGACGCGGACGAAGGUUGUUCUGCCUGUUGGUGGGGUGAGCAUGUUGGACGUCCCUGGUCAGACAUUCCAGGAUACAGAGGCAGAUGAGGCACUGUUUUCGACUUUGGAGAAGGAAUUGGAGGGCAGUGGGAUAUCAGUCGUGCGAGAUUCGCGUGACAUCAAUGAUCCUGACUUUGCCGUGGCGGUGGCAGAUGAACUGGUCAAGUUGAUCCGCGGGGAAUAG